AUGUUGACGGGACUUGGUUGGGUGGGAAUAGUGGAGGCCUGGAGGGGCAAGGUUUUAUUGAUUUUGGCCAUUCGCCAAUUCUUCGCGGAAGCACUUCUUCUUCAGACAGCCAGGAGGUGGUCGAGUUUCUGGGCAAGGCAUGGCAUCGCAAGGCACAAAGCAAAGGUCCCAUCAUCUGUGACAACAAGAGCUGGGGCCAAGUACUCUGGUACCCAGUCCGAGCUUGAGCCAGGAACCAAUGCAAGCCCAAGCAAGCCCCCGGUAGGCUGGACCCACCAACGCCCUCCCCCGCCAAUCCCGUCAAAAGAACAAGGCUUGGCGCUGUGCGGUGUAAGGCGCGGGCGGCGGCCCACUCCUCGAGCCUGCAUCUCGAUGCCCAAAACAGCAACACAAGAAUGCGGUGCUGUCAUCCAAACUGUUUCAUCGCCCAGGAUUUCUUCUAGAUCUUUUUUUCUUAGAGUCAUUGGCGUCUCAAAACAAAAUACCGCGGCAGCCAGCCUGGGCUGUCGACACUCCACCGUCACUCCAAGCCCCAUGUGGCAUCGAGUACAACCUGGAACUAAAUAUCGCACGAGUGCGAGUGUCGUUUGGUCCGUGGCUCGGAGAUAUUGGACCGGCUAA